CAACAUUCUAACCUCACAUAUUAUUAUUUUUUUUUUCAAAUUUGAAAUCCCUGCCGACCCUGCCUAGUCCCUAGUCCUAGACCUAGUCGCCUAGUAAAGUUCUUGUUGUAAAAAAAGCUUCCGGGGGGCCCUAUAUUUGUUCAAAUAAAAAUGGGGAUCAUCGCUAGCAAUUCCUAUUUAGCAAUUUUUGGAGCGGGUACUUUUGUUGGAGCCGCUUGGACUUAUUUUAUCCUGAAAUUGGGGGCAAGCAACUGGCACAGAUUUAGAGUUAAAAACUCUUCAGAUGGAAAAAAAGAGAAUUUUUGGGAUAAUGGUAUGGAAGAAAGAUAUCAGUUUGAAGACACAGACGACGAAUUUCGAUUAAUCUUAGGAGUAAGAAAUGACCUCAAAAUGCAAAAAGGCAAAGUUGCCGCUCAAUGUGGCCACGCCGCUAUGGCUGCUUAUGCAAAAACAUUAAAUAAUAGGAAGUUGCUCCAAAAUUGGCUCAAACAUGGGGGCACUAAAAUUGCAUUAAGAGUAGACUCUGAAGAGCAGUUAUUGCAACUUGAUAGCAAGGCAAAGCAAAUGAAUGUAUUGAGCUCUAUUAUAAGAGAUGCUGGUCAGACUCAAGUAGCACCAGGUACCAGAACUGUGAUAGCAAUAGGCCCAGCCCCAAAAAGUGUAUUAGACAAGAUUACGGGCAACUUAAAGUUGUAUUAAAAUCAAAUAAAUACCUAUCCAUAUUCUUUCAUGAAAGUAUGUGAUUUAUAAAACAAACAAGGAACAAAGUUAUAAAACUUUACUGUUACCUUACAUAUUGAAAGGUCAAUGUUAAUAUAACAGAUUUUAUUAUGAAACAACCUUGUCAAUUGUGUUUUAUUUUAUUGUAUGGAAAUUUUUCAUGGAGAGCCA